ACCCAAUAGCGAAGGACCCACAUCCCAUCUGUUCCUAGUAGCGCUUAGAAAAUUGCAUUAGCUAGGUUCAUUACUCUAAACACAAUGUUGAACAAAGCAAUCCUUAUCAUGAUGAUCGUAGUCAUGAUUCAAUCGAUCCAAAUCUUGGAAUCCAAACCCUCUCGGAAGGCCAUCGAGAGACGUCGCAUUGGUGCCGACUAUCCUAGCCCCUCAAAUGGCAAAGUGUUGACGAAAAGAAAAGCGGCUAAGAGCAAGGCAGCUGCGAGUGAGAAAACGUCAUCUAAAGGAGGUUGCAGCAAUAACGGUUGUGGAACAGUUGAUGAAGGUAGCGGGCAAGGCUUCUGAUCAUUCAUUCCCUAUACUAGUUUUUCACUCAUAACAUGGCCCCUGUUUUAUCACAUCCUAUGUACAAACAUGUGGCAAAACAACAGUUUCACAAACACCUCCAUUUAUCUCCAUUUAGCCAUUCAUAAAAUUUGUUCAGAUAGGCCUUUGUACAUAUAUUCAACCUUUGUACUCCAAAAACAAUCAUAUCCAGUUCGUAGUAAAUUUGUGGACUGGCUUACGUAUCCAAUGCUCAAUGCCAGGCUCAGACAAGUGAAGAAUAAAAGAUUCCCACAUUCACAU